AUGGCGGAGAAGAAGAUGGAAUAUGUCAACCUAGGAAAAUCUGGCCUCAAGGUCUCACGCGUGAUUCUGGGGGCUAUGAGCUACGGCAGCUCGUCCUGGCAGCCGUGGGUUCUCGACGAGGCCGAGAGCUUGCCGCUGCUCGAGCAUGCGUACAAGUGCGGUAUCAACACCUGGGAUACUGCCGACAUCUAUUCUCACGGCAUCAGCGAACGCAUCAUCGGCAAAGCCCUUAAGCAAUACAACAUCCCGCGCUCCAAGGUCGUCAUCCUCUCAAAAUGUUUCUUUGGCGUCGACGAAUCUAACCCCUCUCUCCCCAUCGCUGCUGUGUCCACCAACGACGGAGAAAUGGUGAAUCAGUGCGGAUUGAGCAGGAAACAUAUCUUCGAUGCCGUGGACAACAGUGUUGCAAGAUUAGGCACUUAUAUUGAUGUCUUGCAGAUUCAUAGGCUGGAUCGGGGCACGCCGAGAGAGGAGAUUAUGAAGGCGUUGAAUGAUGUGAUUGAGAGCGGGAAGGUAAGGUAUAUUGGCGCGAGUUCGAUGGCAGCAUGGGAAUUCCAGACUCUCCAGAACAUUGCGGAGAAGAAUGGCUGGCAUAAGUUCAUCUCUAUGCAGAACUACUACAACCUCAUUUACCGCGAGGAGGAGCGAGAAAUGUUCCUUGACAGCCUGGUGCACAAGCGAGAAGAUAAGGUCGACCAGGAGAUUAUUGGACGAGUUGAGGAGAUAGCGAAGAAGAACAAUGUGAGCAUGGCUUGCAUUGCGACUGCAUGGUGUGUCAAGAAAGGCGUCAUGCCGAUCAUUGGGUUGAGCAGUAAGGAGAGGAUUGAAGAGGCUGUGGAGAAUAUCCGAUUUAAGCUGAGUGACGAGGAUGCGAAAUAUCUGGAGGAGGCAUACCUGCCUAAGCCAAUUGCGGGAUAUUAG